AACCCCACGGCGCUGGCAGUGGAGGAAAAAACCAAAACAAACAAAGUGCGUACUACGCAUGUGCGUUUCAGAAAGGCAGUCGAAAGAAAUGGGCUCCACUGAAAAGACCCAGGCUUUGAGCAUGCGUUUUACUGCUGGUUGAAGCCAAACGCCGGAGCCCAGGACACCUUCUUGCACAUGCGCAGGAGGCUCAAUGACAGUCGAGCGUUGACUAAGGUUCUGGGGAAAGGGUCUGGCCAUGUUGCAUGUGACCCGAGGGGCCUGGGGGUCCAGGGUCCGAAUAUGGGCGCAGUUGUCGGCGCUCCUCGGGGCUCCCCGGGAGCUGUCGUCUUUGGCGGAAAAGAUGGGGGUGUACCGCAAGAUGUGGAACCCCACAGAGCCCCGCGACUGGGCCAGGCAGUAUCGAGAGCGCUUCAUUCCGUUCUCCAAGGAGCAGCUGCUCCGCCUUCUGAUACAGGAAUUCCACUCCAGUCCAGCAGAGAAGGCGGCUCUGGAGGAGUUCUCGGCCCAUGUGGACUUCUGCACCCUGUUCCACUACCACAAUGUCCUGGCCCGGCUGCAGGCGCUGUAUGACCCCAUCAACCCUGACAGGGAGACCCUGGACCAGCCGUCACUCACCGACCCCCAGCGUCUGUCCAACGAGCAGGAGGUGCUGCGGGCCCUGGAGCCGCUGCUGGCCCAGGCCAACUUCUCCCCGCUAUCGGAGGACACCUUGGCCUAUGCGCUGGUGGUGCACCACCCCCAGGACGAGGUCCAGGUGACAAUAAAUUUGGAUCAGUACAUUUACAUGCAGUUCUGGGCCCUGGGCCAGCGAGUGGGUCAGAUGCCCCGUAUGUCCAGUGUGGGCGCCAAGCGUGGCUUCUUCACCAAGCAGCCCCCGGCAGAGAGGAGAUACUUCAAGCGGGUGGUGCUGGCAGCGCGGACCAAGCGGGGCCACCUGGUGCUGAAGAGCUUCAAGGACACCCCGCUGGAGGGCCUGGAGCUGCUGCUGCCCGAGCUCAAGGUGCGCACGCCCACGCUGCAGCGCGCCGCGCUCAACCUCACGCUGGUGGUGUCCGGCCUGGUGUUCUUUGUCAACGUGGGCAUGGUGGUGCUGUCCGACCUCAAGGUGGCCACGUCGCUGCUGCUGCUACUCUUCGCCAUCUUCAUGGGCCUGCGGGCCUCCAAGAUGUUCGGACAGCGGCGCAGCGUGCAGGCGCUGGAGCUGGCGCACAUGCUGUACUUCCGCAGCACGUCCAACAACUCGGAGCUGCUCAGUGCGCUGGCCCUGCGCGCGCAGGAUGAGCACGCCAAGGAGGCGCUGCUGGCGCACAGCUUCCUGGCCCGGCGGCCAGGGGGCGCGCACUUCUCGCCCGAAGAGACCUCCCAGUGGCUGCAGUUGGAAGUGGAGAGCUGGCUCCUGGCCCAGUCUGGCUGUGACGUGGCCUUCAACGGAUCCCGGGCCCUGGCACACCUGCAAGCUCUGACCCCCAGCACUGGGCUCUACCCUCCUCCAGGUUUCCCCAAACUGUACCCGCUGGCCCCAGGCACUGCCGAAUUCCCUCAGGCCCCGCCCAGCGGUAGCGACCCCUGACUGCCACCUGGCCAGAGGCGGGCCCCGCCCCCUCCAUGAAGGGCUGUCAAUCAUGGCUACAAGGUUCCGUCACUCCCUAACGCCCAGUGACGGAUAGGUAAUUAUUUGGCUCUGCUGUAUAUUUAAAGCAGCCAGUCGGGGCUGUUGCCCGAUUGCUAAGCAUCCCUGCUUCAGGAACCGAGGCAGCUCUGCCCGGCUUCUGUUCCAUUUCUUAGUCUCACCCUCGCCCUAAACAUCGACCUGGUUUGGCUAAGGAGGUGAGGGUGUCAGCCGGUCCCAGCUGCUGCACUCCGGCUCUGUGAGCCACCAGGCCAAGGGGUGAGAGCUGCGCCCUCCCCAGGCUGCUUAUCCUUGUCUUUCGGUCUUGGGCACCGGGUGGGAGCCUAGUGCAGCCUAUGAGAGUCGUUAGGGCCCGGUCCCUGGCCCUCGGCCGUGACAGCUGCUGGGCACCUUCUUCCCGGGGUAGCUAGUUGUCGCCACGAAGAAGCAACCAAUCCGAGUUUCUGGUGGAGUCUAGCCUUUGUGUCCAUCGCUGCCGCCGUGUGCUAGCCAUCUGGUCAAGCGCUGAUCAGUGUCAGGCUGAUGGCUUUGGAACCUCGUACCAGGCUUGGAUCUGUGGGCCUGGCGGAACCAGAGACCAACCACACCCCAAGGUUCACUGCAGCUCAGGCUCCCAGCGACCUCAGGUGCCUUCCCCACCUGGGGCCCUCACCUCUACAGAAACUACCUCGGUCUGGUGCUCCCCUCUCUCACCUGCUCCCCUGUGCAUAUUUAUUGGUCUGUCAGUUUCUUCCCAAUCCCAUCUCUCCAACAAAUAAAUCAUGUUUAAUACAUGUG